CACAUGCCGCCCUAUAGGACCAAAGAAGCGGCAGUGAAUGUUAUUGUCGCGGUGCAGCGCUGAUUUCUGUUCGCUAUAAAACGCUGUAUUGACUUUGGUUUUUACGCGUUUAAUAUUUAUUUCCGUUUGGUUAUAAUCGAGGAUGCCGUAUGCCAACCAGCCAACAGUAAAAAUCACAGAGCUGACGGACGAAAAUGUGAAGUUUGUGAUCGAGAACACGGACUUGGCGGUUGCGAACUCCAUCAGGCGAGUGUUUAUGUCUGAGGUACCAACCAUUGCAAUCGACUGGGUUCAGAUCGACGCCAAUUCAUCGGUUCUCCACGAUGAGUUCAUUGCACACAGAGUGGGACUCAUUCCACUGACCAGCGAUGACAUCGUGGACAAAAUGCAGUACUCCAGGGACUGCACGUGCGACGAUUUCUGUCCAGAAUGCUCAGUGGAACUCACCCUGGACGUGAGAUGCACCGAAGACCAGACGCGUCACGUGACAUCGCGGGACCUGCUCUCUAAUAACCCCAGAGUUAUUCCUGUAACCUCAAGAAGUCGAGAUAACGACCCUAAUGACUACGUAGAGCAGGAUGACAUCCUGCUGGUGAAGCUACGAAAGGGUCAGGAGCUCCGUCUCCGAGCGUAUGCCAAGAAGGGCUUCGGCAAGGAACACGCCAAGUGGAACCCAACAGCAGGGGUGGCCUUUGAGUACGACCCAGACAAUGCUCUGAGACACACGGUGUACCCCCGUCCUGAGGAAUGGCCGAAGAGCGAGUACUCUGAGCUUGAGGAGGAGGAAGUCCAAGCUCCAUAUGACCCCAAUGGCAAACCAGAGAGGUUUUACUAUAAUGUGGAGUCGUGCGGUUCUCUCCGGCCCGAGACGAUCGUGAUGUCUGCUCUGGCUGUGCUCAAGAAGAAGCUGAGCGACCUACAGACGCAGCUGAGCCACGAGAUCCAGAGCGACGUCCUCACCAUCAAUUAGACAGAGAGAGAGAAUUUGUUGAGAUGUUGUACAGCACAGGAAGUGGGUUUAUAUAUUUUUUACUUAUUACUGACGAAUCCGUAAAAUAAAUUGUCUUGACGUAUACAAAAA